CACAAAUGCCCUUCACGCGUGCGCCCUAGACAAGCUCAAGUCUCCCAGAACGAAAGAAGGCUUCUUAUCGCUGUGAUACGGAGUGUUGCGGCGGCAGCAGAGAAUACACCGACAAGACGGGAGAUGGCUAGACGAGGCCUGUCGCAUCGCUGUCGCUAUAGUUGAAGCCGGCGCAGUCUGGAGACGAGCACGCGAACAUGUCGGCCGACAAAGAACUCUUGGGACGCCUUGCAGUGGUCACCGGAGGAGGCAGCGGCAUCGGCGAGGCCAUCUGUCACGUGCUGGCCGAGAGAGGUGCCCGUGUAGUGGUAGCGGACAUCAAUUUCGAAGCGGCGGAAAGGGUCGCGAAGUCACUGCCAGAUGACCAGGGCCACCACGCCGUGGAAGUGGACGUGGGCGAGUCGGCGUCCGUCGAGAGGCUGUUCGAGGUGAUUCAGGGGUUCAGUGGCGGUACACCAGUCAGCAUAAUCAUCAACAACGCCGCCAUCGGCUGUGGCUUCGCCUCGAUAGCUGAUGCUAGCGAAGAGGCCUUUGAUCGAAUAAUCAAGACAAAUCUGAAGGGCCCAUUCCUUAUGAGCCGCACAGGCAUCCGCCUAAUGUUGGCAGCUGGGGUGAAAGAAGGAGCCGUGGUCAACGUGUCCAGCAUCACUGCAAAGAGUGGAAUGAAGGGCCUUGCAAGCUACGUGGCAUCGAAAACCGGUAUACUGGGUCUGACCAAGUCAGUGGCACUAGACGUCGCAGGCACGGGUAUCCGCUGCAAUGCAGUGCUUCCAGGUUUCACGGUGACGCCCAUGUCCGACCACCUCACGGCAGAACAGAAGCAGCAACUUACCGCAGGCAUACCGCUCAGUCGUCCAGCCCAAGCACGCGAGGUGGCGCAGGUGGUGGCCUUCCUAUGCGGGCCACACAGCUCGUACAUGGUAGGCUCCGCUGUGGAAGUAGCGGGAGGCGCGAUGAUGUAAUAAAGACUUCACCGACACC